AUGUCUACCGAACGCUGGAUUAUUCCCCGCAAAGGCCUAUACAUCGAUCCGAUAGUCAUUAUUAUUUGGGAAACCCUCCUCCAUUUCAUCUUUACCUUGAUUUGCCAAUAUUUGGUCCAAAGUGGCGGAGUUACGGUCGCGGCUCUCGCUAAAAGCCGGAAUAACUGGGUAGUAGACAAUACUUGGAACUGGAAGCAGGAAGUGGUAGUGGUAACUAGCGGGAGCGGUGGCAUUGGUGGGGUAGUGGCUCAGCGCCUUGCUGUAAUGAGGGCACAGGUGGUUGUGCUGGACAUCGCCCCUCUAGCCUACGAAUGUGGAAACUCCCGGAUCAUAUACCACGCAUGUGACCUGAGCGAAGAGAAAGAAAUCGCAGCCGCUUGCGAAAAGAUUAGAUCCCAAGUUAGCCAUCCGACCGUACUAAUCAACAAUGCCGGUCUGUCCCGCGGCCGUAAUGUGGUCGAAGCACCAUUCCUGCUCACGAAAGAAUUCCUCCCGGCCAUGAUCCGGCGGAUUCAUGGGAACAUCUUCAAUGUUGCCUCUAUGAGUGCCUUCAUCCCGCCGCCAGGAAUUGCGGACUAUACGGCUUCUAAAGCUGGAUUGAUUACGUUUUACGAGGCAGGCAUUAAGAAUAACUUCUCCCAGUCUGGGGUUACACGAGCUAAUUUUUCCGGUGUCUUUCUCAAGAGCUUCGAGUCCAGAAUGCACCCAAAGUCCGUACUUCUCUCGCAUUUGGUAGCUCUCGAUGCAGAAUAUGCAAUAACAAACUCAAUUACCCCAGAUUCGCCCAUAUUUAAGCUCCCUUACUAUAAUUUACCGGCCAUGAAUUAA